CCCACGUUGAGCGUGAAACAGAAUGCCCCGGUCAUUCAUCCUCAAUCUCCCUCCCGAGAUCCUGGGCCAGAUCCUCGGCCUUAUUCUGGGCCGGAUUUCUUUCGAACGGCGACUCGGCAUCCGGCGUUCAGGUACCGGCAUCAUUGCCCUUCUCCUCACCUGUCAGCGAAUUUACCGCCUCACAGUUCCCCUGCUGUAUCGCGAACUGGAGUUUUGCUACCCGUCUGGACGAAGAACGAACUGCCUAUACCGCGCCUUGCGGUCCGACCCGAGCCUACUCUUGCCCGUCCGAUCUCUUGUCCUGGUCCUACAGCGCGAUCGGACCAAGACCUGCAUCUCACUCGCGGACUAUGCGGCUGCAGCCGACGUGUUAAGCCUCUUUUGCGGGGCGAAGGUCCACACGCUAAGGAUCCAGGGUGAGGUGGAGAAUGAUGCGGCUCUGCAACAACCCACGACUUGCGGCUUGGUUGAGUUCAGCCUGGCAUUCGACGAGCUCCUCAAGAGCAGAAUCCCGCACACACCCGCCACCGUCAAAGUCUUCUAUCCCUGGCUGCAGGCCCACCCCCACACUCUCCGCCGCAUGGUCUUCGGUGCGAUCCCGUUCUACGCCCUGGGCCUGGAGUUCCGGGCCUCCACUUUCCCCAACUUGCACACGGUCGUCUGCCCGCCCUUCCACGUCAUAUCCGAGACGCAUCCCCGCGUUUACUGGCGUCCUGCCGCAGCGAUUGAUCAGCUCUUAAGCCCGACAGUGCGGACGUUCGUCUGGGACCUGAUCAGCUACGGAGAUUUCUGGGGGCCAGGCUUGUUGGGGUUCGACGAGCCACAGGCGCGCUGGCUGCUGGCGUUUGCCGAGGGCGCCUUGGCGGGCAAAAGCCAGGCGCUGCGGACGAUUCGGAUCGAGUUCGUUCCGUAUAUCGAUUGGCUAGGCUAUGUAGACCCGGACGAAUAUCCAUGGGAUCGCAUGGAGCAAUUAAAGCAAAAGAUGUGCCUGUUAGGGAUUGCGUUGGAGUACAACACUCCGACUCUCACGCGUGAAGAAUAUUCACGGUCUUGUAAGGAAGUUCGGCAGUUGGUCGAAAGUGGCCAGCUGCCUCCAAUGGUGGAUAGGGUGUGA